AUGUCAGACGAUUACAAAGCAGUGCGAGGAGGUGUUUUAAAGCUCAAAGGGAACAAGAAAAGCCUAUUCAAAGCUGACAGGCCUAAGAAGAACAAGUCAAAAAACAGUGAUGGAAAUAAGCCUGAUCCGGACGCGGACUCCCAUGGCGGUUGGUGGAAAAUUGUGGACGAAGUUGAUUUGAAAGGAGGUGAACAUGUAUCGUUCGAAUGUGGUAGUGGUAACAGAUGCUAUCUUUCUGCAAUGGAUAAUGGACGAUUCACCAUUGGCUUACCACAUCCUGAAGGUGAAGAGCCAAAUCCGGAAGAGAUUUUCGCCGUCGUAAAAACACCAGAUGAUCCCAAGUCAAGAUUAGAAUCUGGAUUACGUGUAGAGGUGACGAUCCCUUAG